AUGUAUCCUCCCAAAAACACUAUAAGUAGACGGGCGACCCGCUAGCAGAUCCACACCGGUUACAGAUUCCUACAGCUUGUGUGUUCAAUUGACGUCCAGCAACUAGGUUGAAUAUAAUAUGGCUGCUCCAUGGCGGAACGUUGUCCCAGCUACUGAAGAUGUGAUAGACAUCACAGCUAAUCUUCAACCUGCGACUGGAAUUUUCCUAGAUGCAGGAGAUUUCGAGAUGUUUGAAUCGAUUUCAAGCAUUAAGCAGGUCGUACAAGGGACUAACUACGUCAUCAAGGUCCGCAUCAGUCCAGAAGAUACGGGCUACAUCCACAUGAAGACAUAUGUGGCACUACCCAUUAACAACCAAGGCCCUGUUAUUACAGGCAUCCAGCAAAACAAAACUCUCAACGAUCCGAUUGAGUCAUUCAAUUAGCCAUAUCUGUAUGGCCAUUGUUUCGUGAUCAACUAUAAACAUUUUUAAAAGAAAACAAUGUCAAAUGCUUUAGAUUCGAAUAAACAAAUACAUAAACUGUAUAACAUAAGGUAAUUGAAUAUGAAUUUGUUGUAAAACUAUUUGGAAAAUAAAGAAGUAUGCUUAUUCUGUAAA